AUGGAUGUUAAUGAUUUAAGUGAUGUUGCAGGAUCACUAACUGAAUAUACAUUUGAUAUUAUUUAUGUUGAAUGUUUUGUUCAAUUAACUUCAAUUAUUUCUAAUUGGUUCUAUUUAUUAUUAUUAAUCAUUCCUGGAUUUGCUAUUUUCAAAUUAUAUAAUUCAAUUAUUAAACCUUAUUUAUCAAUGAAUAAGGCUCAACAAGAAUAUGCCAAUUCUCAACAACAACCUGAAAUGUCAGAUAAGAAAAAGAAGAAAAUGGAAAGACUUGAAAAGAAAAAUCAACAAAAUAUGCAAAGAAUGAGAAUUAGACCAAAUUCAAAUGAUGAUGAAUAA